UGGCUCGUCUUGAUGGAGAUACACAAGAGGAAAGAUUGGAGGGUUUGAUAACUAUGGUGGAAUAUUUUCAUGAGAAAAUAAAUUUCCUGCAGGCAAUGAUGGACCGGUUCUACAAACCAGGAAGUGCACGAGAAACAGGCACAUUGUAUCAACUAAGGAAUGUCAUAAAUGGAAGAAAUGUCACAAAAAAUGUGAGUGCAGAUUAUCAUGCAGUUGGAUCUUUUAUUGACCUAGUGACAAGUGUUCAUGUUACUGCAGCAGCUCUGAAAGCAUUUGGAAUGGAUAGCAUUGAGGAUCCCUGUCCAAAAGUCCCACUGUUCACAGAAUUUGUUGAUGAAGGAUCCAAAAAGAGGUUGUUAGAUAGGAUUGUUGGGGAAAUAGUGGACACAUUCUUCUUGAACAGCUUGACAGUAACAGUCAAUAGGAUUGAGGAUGAUGCAACUGCCAUUGAAGGGCCAAUAGUUGAUGAUGGAGUGUACAAUUAUGCCACCAAUGUCACAAAAUAUGGGCUUCUCAGGAAAAUCUCUGUUCUAGCUACUAGAAAUGGGGAUGGUAUUCGACAGAUAAGACACUGGAAGUAUGGUCUAUUUAAGCAUUGAACGGCUUUCAGUUGGCAUUCAUAUUGACUAUGAAUGCCAACUGAAAGCCGUUCAAUGCUUAU